ACGCCUCGCCAAGCCAGACGGUGGACAGACACUCGCCUCUCUCUCUCUCUCGGGGUCGGAAGCCAAGUCCACGCAGCAAGCGGAUGAAGAAGUGCGGCAAGCUUGGCGGGUGCAUGGGCGCGCCGAUGCGCGCGCUGUCGCGGGCGUGCGACUCGGCCUGCGACCUCUACGUGCGCGGCAUGUCCGGGUGCGCGCGCAGGGUGCCGUCCGGGGCGGCCGGCGCCGUGGGGCGCGGUUUCGGCAGGACGGCCUCUGCGUCCCUUAUCCUGCGGACCAGCUCGGACCGCGCCGAGGACCUCGUCCGCGCUGCGUCUAGGCAGCAGCGCCGCGUCGCGGCCGAGCCGGCGCCGGGCCAAGUUGUCGACCAGGCGGUCAAGGUCCCGGCGCGGAAGAAGGGCGCGGCGGCCAUGGGGGCCAUCGCCGAGAACGCGCCGUGCGAGUUCGACGCCGACGGCGGCUGCGCUGCUGUCCCCUCGCCGAAGACGCCGAGGAGGCGCGGCGGGACGAGCGGCGGCCUGGCCUCGCGCCCCGGUGGGUUCGGCGCCAUCAAGGCCGGGCGCGAGGCCUUCGCGCGCUAGCUGCGGUGCAUGCGAUGUGUACUCGUCCUGCCAGUGCAGAAUUAGCUUCGAGACAUCUCUCUAGAUUGCACCACUUUUUCUCUUUCUUGCCGUGUAAAUUAUUGUACGAUAACUACGAGAGCACGAAUAAUCUAUCGUUUAGAAAAUUA